AUGGCUCUUCUCAUUUCUUGUGGGGAAGUUUCCUCUUCCCAGCUCAUUGUACUUCGCUUGCUCAACCAAAGCCUUGAUUUUGUAAGCGAGAAUGUCUCCAGGAUCUUUGCUCCUAUUUUCACCAACCUAAGGGACUUCGAGAUGCGUCUAUCUUGUACUGAACGUCCUCAAUCAGAUUCUGUGUAUCAUUCUCACUCGUGUACCCAGAAUUGGUUUUCUGAUCAAAACGAUUAUGACGAAAAGAGAGACCCGGAAGCUAAUUUCAAUGCGCUGGAUUCAAUCUUGAAAAGCAGUUUGGAUCGUCUGGCUUCUUUGAGGGAGAGUGUAUGUAGGACAAAGAGAUUCAGAUACGAUGAAUCUAUAUCUAUGCACGCGUCUAUAAUGAGGGAUCUCUGUUUACAAGGGAAGCUAGACGCUGCUCUGUGGCUACGGAAGAAGUUGAUACAAGGUGGAUAUAUUCCAGGUUUGAUCACACACAAUCAUCUUUUGAAUGGGUUGUGUAAAUCAGGUAAUAUCGAGAAGGCGGAUGGGCUUGUUAGAGAGAUGUGGGAGAUGGGUCCUUCUCCCAACUGUGUCUCUUAUAACACCUUUGUCAAGGGUCUUUGCAGUGUUAACAAUGUAGAUAAAGCUCUCUAUCUCUUCAGUACAAUGAAUAAAUAUGGUGUUAAGCCGAAUAGAGUGACUUGCAACAUAAUCGUUCAUGCGCUUUGCCAGAAAGGUCUUAUGAGAAGCACAGAGCUUCUUGAAGAGAUCUUACAUAGUAGCCAGGCGAACGCACCAUUGGAUAUAGUCACAUGCACCAUUCUGAUGGAUAGUUGUUUUAAGAAUGGCAACGUGGUUCAAGCCCUUGGAGUUUGGAAGGAGAUGUCAGUGAAAAACGUCUCUGCUGAUUCGGUUGUGUACAAUGUCAUUAUUCGCGGUUUGUGUUCGAGUCAAAACACGGUAGCUGCUUAUGGGUUCAUGUGUGACAUGGUAAAGAGAGGAGUGGAUCCUGACGUUUUCACAUACAAUACCCUCAUAAGCGCUUUGUGCAAAGAGGGGAAGUUCGAUGAGGCAUGUGAUAUCCACGGUACCAUGCGAAGAGUUGGUGUCUCUCCUGAUCAGAUCUCAUACAAAGUUAUCAUUCAAGGUCUAUGUAUACACGGAGAUGUGUCCAGGGCGAACGAGUUCCUUUUAAGCAUGCUAAAGAGUUCUCUGCUUCCAGAGGUUCUGCUAUGGAACGUGGUCAUCGAUGGUUAUGGAAGAUAUGGAGAUACUAGCAGCGCUUUAUCUGUUCGAAAUCUGAUGCUUUCUUACGGUGUUAAACCGAAUAUCUACACAAACAAUGCCUUGAUCCAUGGGUAUGUGAAAGAGGGAAGAUUCAUUGAUGCAUGCAAGCUCAAAGAUCAAAUGCCAUCUACCAAAAUCUACCCGGAUACUACCACUUAUAAUCUGCUACUAGGUGCUGCUUGUACAAUGGGCUACUUGCGGUUGGCUUUUCAGUUGUACGAUGAAAUGCUGAAAGGAGGAUGUCGACCUGACAUGAUUACUUAUACUGAGCUGGUAAGAGGGCUGUGUUGGAAGGGUCGGCUGAAGGAGGCCGAGAAGCUUUUGUCGAGGAUGCAACUGUCUGGUAUAACAUUGGAUCAUGUUCCAUUUUGGAUACUUGAGAAGAAAUAUACCAGAUUGCGGAGACUAGACGAGGCGUAUUUAGUUAGACAAAAGUGGUUGAUGACGAGGAACGGAGGAGUCGCGUGUCCAGGCAAGUACAUCCUUUAA